AUGACUUCGUACGGUGGCAGAGGGCCAACUGUCAAUGCCGUCCUCUGGACCGAGACCGUCAUCGCCUUCGUUUUUGUGUUUUUGCGAGUCUACACCAGGAAGGUCAUCUUGCGCAGCGCCGGGUUGGAUGACCUCUUUCUCCUCUUCACAUUUAUUCUCCUUGCCGUCUACUCGGCCAUGAUUUCCACAGCCACAUCGUUCGGUCUAGGCCGACACCGCGCAGACAUACCCCCUGCAGACUACAUCCAGGCGAUGAAGUACGAAAUCAUCGGACAAGGCGUCUGCAUCUUCAACAUCGCCGUCAGCAAAGCCGCCGUCGCCUUCUUCAUACUGCGAAUCGUACGCCAGACGUGGCACCGGGUUUUUAUCUGGGUCUGUGUUAUUUCCAACACCCUGCUGGCCACCUGGUGCACCAUAGCCGUCUUCAUCCAAUGCCUCCCAGUCGAGAAGGUAUGGGACUUUACAGUGCCCGGCAACUGCUGGCUGGAUUUUGCCAAGGUGGGCCUCACAACUUCAGCAUAUGCGGUCGUCAUCGAUUUCACGCUCGCCAUAGCUCCUUGCUUCAUCAUCUGGGACCUGAACAUGAAGCGUAAGGACAAACUUCUUGCCAUCAUAGGUCUGAGUCUGGGCAUUUUGGGAGUCUCCCACUGGCCCAUGGGUGCUGGGAUUUGCGGCAUAUUGCGUACAGCAGCCUUGACGAGUCUGAGGUCGUUCAACGAGUAUAUCUUUGAAACGGUCGACAUGCUCAUCUACUCGGCCACCGAAAACUUUGUUUCUGCCAUGUGCGCAUCGAUCCCCGUUCUGCGGCCCCUGUGGGUGAAGGUGCGCGGCUACAGCUCGACCGAUAACUCGUACGCCAAGCACAGCUAUCAUAUGGACCGAUUUGGGAGCCACGACCCCGAGAACACCCUCGGAGGCGGCGGCACCAAACGGGAAGGCAUGGCGACAAUGAUCUUCGCUGGCGGUCGCGACAAGGGCAGUAAGGACAAUGCGAGUGAGGAAACCAUCCUGAGGGACGCUAGGGGACUGAGCGACGCGGGGGGUGCGCAAGCAGUCUUAUGUCGGACCGACGUCUUUGUCGGCUUUUCGGACCGCGACAGAGGGAAUGACUUGAAGUGAUGAGCUGUGCCUCUAGGUUAGGAACCUUUUGACGAGGCGAUUGGGGCCAUUUAAUGUCGUUGCCCAGGAUCGGGGACGGG